UCGCCUCCUCCUUCGCCUGUUUCCUCCCCUUUGGCCCGUGCAGCAGACGUGCUCGACCCCCUCUCCACUCCUUUCCCUUUCUCCAGAGCCGAGCCGAGUUUUUCCCUGCGCCAGGGAGCUCGCCGUCGCGUCCAUGGCGCCGCCGCCCACGGCCUCAACGCGGAGCCCCCUCCUCCGCCCUCCCUCGACCCGAGCCACCUCCGGGAACGAGUCCCUCUCGGCUCACUGGUGCUCCCUGACCCCUCCACCGCCGCCCCAACCCACUGGAACGGCGUCGCCGCGGUUCAGACCGCCGCCGGCCGCCCGCUCCACGUCGAGCUCCCACCUCUGCCCUCCCACAGCUCCAAUCAACCCCGGGAACGGCUUCACCUCGCCCCAACGGAGCUCCCAAGCCCAGCCAAGCUGCCUCCCCCUCGCCGGAGUGCCGCAGCCGCGACACAGGGCCGCCGCCGGCCGCCGGCGCCCGUGGACAGGCCACCACAGGCCACCUCAGCCCCAACUGAGACCACCGGCAGAUACGAUAGAAGAACCGUGGGAAUGACAUGAUGAUGGAGUCGAGCCAGAAGACGGUGAAUGGUGGACACAUCCAAAAGAUGGACGGAUGGAUUCCGAUGUACACGACCGAAGGAAGAUGUUUGCCGAGCAGUUGUUCUCUAACUAACACUGACCUAGUGUUAA